AUGGAGGAGUUGGAAGAACAACCCACCCAAACAUAUACUUAUUCUCCGACGACGUCUUCCGAUGUACGAUCAAAUCGAAGUGAUGACAUGGAGCCGAGAAGUAUUUUAGAGACUUAUGCUCCGAAAAUAUUGACAUCAAUGGAGACGGUGGCAGAUGAGGAAGCGGAGAAUGUACCAGAGACGAUGUGUCAGAUAUUCAGCCAGAGUCUUAUUCCGUUUUUUCUUGGUGGAUGUGGAUCUAUUUCGGCUGGUCUUUUACUAACAUUUGCUAAUAAACAAUUGAAAUUAAUCGAAGAGAUUCCUGAAUUUCUAGUCCUGAUGCCACCGUUACAAGGAUUACGUGGCAAUCUGGACAUGACAUUCUCAUCAAGAAUGUCCACUUUAGCACAUAAAGGAGCGUUCGCCGAGAAAGGAAUUCUGAGUAAAGUCAGGAGAAAUGCAGCUGUUUCACAGGCCCUUUCAAUAUUGGUAUGUCUAACCGCCAACUUGAUUUCGUAUUUUAUUGUCUUUGUGACACCUUCAUUAGGUGAUUCUUCAACUAACUCCACUGACACAUCAGCAUUUUCAAAUGACUCGUCUCAUGACCUGAAUAACAUCGAAAGUUCUCUCUUUCUCACUGGAUCUUCUAUCUUAUCAGUUGCUGUCAACUGUUUCGUGUGCACUUCUUUUCUAUUCACAAUUGUGUUUUUUGCAUGGAAAAAAGACUACAAUCCGGAUAAUAUUGUUGCUCCAUUAGGUGCCAGUAUCAGUGAUAUGUUGACAAUUGGCUCAAUGCUAUUCUUCUGUUAUCUCCUUCGACCGUAUGCUGGAUUCUCGAGUGCCGUCCCAAUUGUAAUCAUUAUCUGUGCAAUAUGCAGUGUUCCAGUUUGGAUGUGGUUAGGAUGGAAAGAUGAUAUGGCAGUAAGAACAGCAAAAGAACAGUGCCUUACUCUCGUCUUUGCAGCAAUUGUCAGUUGUGGCGCUGGAUUUUUACAAAGUGAAGGGGCAAUGACAUAUCCAAAUUAUCCUGCAUAUCAAACAUUGAUAUCUGGUUUAGCUGGAAACCGCGGAGCAGUUCUUGCUUCCAGAAUAUCAUCUCAUCUGGAAGUUCACAAGAAUUCUGAAUUGGGAUGGGAUCAAAGACUAUGGCCAAUUACGUAUUACCGAUCGAAUUGUUCAGAAUCUCGAACCGCUCGUCUCCUGUUAUUCACAGCACUUCCAUUUCAAAUGUUUUUUGUUGGAAUUUCAACGGUUAUGUCAUAUGGAAUGUAUGAUCCUGUUGAACAGGAUUAUCGAUUUUUCAUUGCUUAUGCUAUUGUUGUUUUGAUUCAGCAAUCAACAAUUCUUUAUCUAGCUCAACUUCUUGUUUUCACACUCUGGAAAUUCCAACUCGACCCGGACAAUCAUGCAAUUCCUCUGCUCACAUCAGCAGCAGAUGUAUGUGGAUGUGGAUUACUGUAUAGCUUAUUCUUGACACUGGACAAAUCUUUUGGGUAA